UAUAAGGUACUAUAUUAUAUUGCGGUACCUAUAUAUACCUAAUAAAUACGUUUUUAAAACAUUUUCAUAGCAUAAUACGUUGACGAUAUCGAUUAAACACCGAGCGCGAGGUUAAAAAUGGUGAAAAAAAGUUUCGGUUAUAACGCGAUGUAGAUAUAAGUACGAGUGUGCGUCUCAUAAUUGCGAUCGGCGACCUACCAUAUUAUUAUGGCAUAUAAGCUGUUUACCGAUUGUCUGACGGUGUGUGCGCUACAGCCUACAGGUGUGUGGUUACAGCGGAAGUGAUCUUCAACCUUAUACAACCCGCUUACUGCCUAAAGUCGUGUAUUUGUUGAGACCAUGUUUCAAAAAAAAAUCUGAUUAUAUAUAUAUAAUAUGAAAAACGGACAAAUUACCUAUUAAUUGAUUUAUAGUAAUUAUACUACCUGUUAUAUAUUAUUAUCUCGUGUUCAUUUUAUUUGCUUCGUACGGAUGUCAAAUGAAAAUACAAAUUUAAAUAACACAUAUUUUUUCAAACUAUUCAAAUUGCCUACCUACCUAUAUCGCGACCACUCGGCCGGCUAUAGAGCAUCGGACAACCAUGGCGAUACCUUCGGAUGUGCCGCCAGUGGAUCUGAAUAAGGAACAGCAGCAACUGGCCAAACCAUUAGACGUCAACAGGUAUGCAACCAAAAAAACCAUUGCUCAGGGGAUGUUGGAUAUCGCCUUAUUGACGGCCAACGCAAACCAACUGAAAUACAUACUCCAAGUGGGCGAGAAGCACGAGUUCUACAAGCCUCUAUUGGUACUGAUAGCUACGUCUAUAUUUUUACAAGUGUUCAUGGGAAUGAUAUUUCUAUCACUAAACCUGCUUCGGGACUGUCGUUUCCAUUUGAUCGAGUACAAGACGUCGUCGCUGUUCAUCAACCAAGUGCCGGUCGUGUGCACGUUUAUGGUGUUCACGAUCAACAUAAUAAUAGGAGCUUUCGAUUCCGGGCUAGCCAGCAUCGUACCGACAUCAACGUUCAACGCGCCGUCCAUCCCGCCCAUCGGGUCAAAUUGACAUAUUAUGUAUAGAAAAAUAAAAAUUGACAAACAAUAUACAAUACAAUAUUAUACUACACAUGUAUCUAUCUAUUAGACAUGUAGACGAAAUAAAUUUGAUUUAAUUAAUAUGUUUUCCCAAGUUCAUCACAAGGUUUAUAACCUAACCUAACAAUAAAAUUGUAAGAAAUGGUGACCGUGGUACCGACUCAUAGUAAUAUUAGGUACUCUAUGUACCGACUAGACCAUUAUAUUAUUGAAUUACGGGUGGGUCACUGGGUUUAUGUGUGGACCGUCGACACGUAGUUAUAUAACUAUAUUAUAUUAUAUAUUAUACUUAGAUUUCGAAAAAUACUAUAUACAAAUACAAUACAUUAGGUACUUUAAUGCUAAUAUUAUUAUUAUUUGGGAACAUAUAAAUCGAGAAAUGUUCAAAUAGUAACGUAAUUUUGUAUGAAAAUUAUUGUUUAGAAUAGGAAUCUAUUGAGGAAUGAUAUUGAAAAAUAAUUAUACAUAAGAAGAAAUGAUACAUUUAAAGAAUAAUAUAGGUAUUUUGAAUAAUUUUUCGGAAAUAGUUUUAGUUUUUUAUUUUAAAGAAAGUCUAAAACAGUGAAAUAAUAACCCAGAAUCGUAUCAUUCCAUGAAAAUACUAAUAUUCUAACAUAAUUUUCCUGGUAAAUAUUUCUCAACUUAUGAAGUCCGUCUUUUAUUUUUGGCCGAGAAAAACUUUCGGUUUACUUGUACACAUACCUACAUUCUAAAUAGGUUGGUACAUUUAUUGUUCUAUUACGGACUACGGUAUUACUGCUGCAGAUAUAGAUAUAAUUAUAUAAAUUAUGUAAUAUACUGGUAAACUAUGUGUUCUGUUUUAUACA